AUGUGGGCCCCGGGAGGCCCCGGGUGCUGCUCCCGCUGGGGGUGGGUGGCCGUGCCUCUGCUGCUGCUGCUGCUGCUGCUCGGGGCGCCCCCGAGGGGCCUGGCGCUGCCCCCCAUCCGCUACUCCCACGCGGGCAUCUGCCCCAACGACAUGAACCCCAACCUCUGGGUGGACGCCCAGAGCACCUGCAAGCGGGAGUGUGAGGCGGACCAGGAGUGUGAGACCUACGAGAAGUGCUGUCCCAACGUGUGUGGCACCAGGAGCUGCGUGGCGGCCCGCUACCUGGACGUGAAGGGGAAGCGGGGCCCGGUGGGCAUGCCCACGGAGGCCACGUGCGACCACUUCAUGUGCCUGCAGCAGGGCUCCGAGUGCGACAUCUGGGACGGCCAGCCCGUGUGCAAGUGCAGGGACCGCUGCGAGAAGGAGCCCAGCUUCACCUGCGCCUCCGACGGCCUCACCUACUACAACCGCUGCUACCUGGACGCCGAGGCCUGCUCCCGCGGCACCACGCUGGCCGUGGUCGCCUGCCGCUACCACUUCGCCUGGCCCAGCACCAGCCCGCCGCCGCCGCCCGGCACCACCGCGCGGCCCACCACCGCCGCCCCCGAGACCCCCGGCUGGGCCGCGGCCGCCCCCGCGCUGCUCAGCCGCCCCGCGCCGCAGGCGGUGACCGUGGGCGAGACCGUGAGCUUCCUCUGCGACGUGGCGGGCCGGCCGCGGCCCGCCGUGACCUGGGAGAAGCAGCUGGAGGACCGGGAGAACGUGGUCAUGGGGCCCAACCACGUGCGGGGCAACGUGGUGGUCACCAACAUCGCCCAGCUGGUCAUCUACAACGCCCAGCCGCAGGACGCCGGCAUCUACACCUGCACCGCCCGCAACGCCGCCGGCGUCCUGCGCGCCGACUUCCCGCUGUCCGUGGUGCGGGCGGGCCAGGCGGCGGCGGCGGCGGCGGCGGCGGCGGCGGCCACGGCCGAGAGCGGCGGCCCCAACGGCACGGCCUUCCCCGCGGCCGAGUGCCUGCAGCCCCCCGACGGCGAGGGCGAGGGCGAGGGCGAGGGCGAGGGCGAGGACUGCGGCGGCGAGGAGCAGACCCGCUGGCACUUCGACGCCCAGGCCAACAACUGCCUCACCUUCACCUCCGGCCCCUGCCAGCGCAACCGCAACCGCUUCGAGACCUAUGAGGCCUGCGUGCGGGCCUGCGUGCGGGCCCCGCUGGCCGCCUGCAGCCUGCCCGCCCUGCAGGGGCCCUGCAAGGCCUACGCCCCGCGCUGGGCCUACAACCGCCAGGCCGGCCAGUGCCAGUCCUUCGUCUACGGCGGCUGCGAGGGCAACGGCAACAACUUCGAGAGCCGCGAGGCCUGCGAGGAGUCCUGCCCCUUCCCCUGGGGCAGCCAGCGCUGCCAGGCCUGCCGGCCCCGGCAGAAGCUCGUGACCAGCUUCUGCCGCAGCGACUUCGUCAUCCUGGGCCGCGUGUCCGAGCUGACCGAGGAGCCGGACGCCGGCCGCGCCCUGGUCACCGUGGACGAGGUCCUCAAGGACGAGAAGAUGGGCCUCAAGUUCCUGGGCCAGGAGCCGCUGGAGGUCACCCUGCUGCACGUGGACUGGACCUGCCCCUGCCCCAACGUGAUGGCGGGCGAGACGCCGCUCAUCGUCAUGGGGCAGGUGGAGGGCGGCGUGGCCACGCUGCGGCCCGGCAGCUUCGUGGGCGCCUCCAGCGGCCGGCGGGUCCGGAAGCUGCGCGAGGUCCUGCACAAGAAGACCUGCGAGGUCCUCAAGGAGCUCCUGGGCUCGCGCUGA